AUGUCUUCUAAUCAUAUCCCGGCUUGGAGAAAAAUUGCCAUUAAAAAGAAGUUGGAAAAUAAAGAUGGUGCUGUGUUGAAUGAUGAUCCUUUGAACGUCACAACUCAUUUAGCAACAGGAUCUUUGACAAGAAAGGAAAAGAAAAGAAUAAUAAAGGGAGAAUCAUCCGUAUCCGUCGACAGGAAUAAAGUUUCAAAACUUAAAAAAAGUGGUAAAAGAGAGAAAUUGCCAAAAGAUCAAAGAAUAACUAAAAAAAGCAAAGUCCUUAAGGAUCAGUUACGCUAUUUAAUAGAAUUUUAUAAAAGUAGAGUGGAAAAUACGUUGCCAAAAGAACUGUAUGCUUUAGAAAAUGUAAAGCUUAACUUCCCCGGGAACGAUGAAGAUGAUAAAAUAGACCCAGCAAGUGGUGUUAUUGAAAUAUGGAAGUUUUCUAAACAGAAACAAAACUGGCUUAUUAAACAUUUCUUUAAUAUGGAAGAAAUACCUUCUGAAUAUGAUCCUUUGUUAAUUAGUUAUUUCAAAGAUUUACCUGGAAAAAGCAAAGAUGAUCUUUCCGAAAAAUGUCUAGGUCAAAUCAAAAGUUGGAAUGAAUACGUCGAGAAAGAAGAAGCCAAAAUGUCUGCAAUUGUGAACGGAGAUGAGAAUAAGGAAGGCACAAAUGACGAAGGGAAUGAUGACGAGGCAAGUAAAGAAGAUGAAAUAAAAGAAAAGAAACCUGAAGAUAUAUCAAAGAUUGAGAUAGAAGUAGUACCAAAUAAAGAGGCUACGAUAAGAAGUCAUUUACUAUUAAAGCAAUGGUUUAUUAACGAGGAAGACCUAACAAAGAUUAUACUUAAGAACUUGCCAAUAUGA